AUGGAUUACACCACACUUCUCCUUCUAUUUUCCUUUGUAUGGUCAUGCGUUAAAGUGCUCACUAUUGGCUUCACCAAUCGGAAAUCCGGUGUGGCCAGGCUUCCGCCAGGUCCCCGCCCUUUCCCGAUUAUCGGAAACCUCCUCAAACUGGGGGAAAAACCCCAUCAAUCACUUACAAUUCUCUCCAAAACUUAUGGUCCUCUAAUGUCUCUCAAGCUAGGAAGCACCACCACCAUAGUCGUUUCCUCAUCAGAAGCAGCCCAGGAAGUGCUAAACAAAAAUGACCAAGCCUUUUCCAGCAGGACAGUCCUCAAUUCCAUUCAAGUUGCCGACCAUCACCAUUUUUCAAUAGUAUUUUUACCAGCAUCGGCUCAUUGGCGCAACCUCAGGAAGAUUUGCAGCAUGCAGAUGUUUUCCUCGCAUAGUGUCGACGCCGGCCAAGUCAUGCGGCAAAACAUUGUGCAACAGCUACUAGGCCAUGCUCAGGAAAGUUGCAGCAGCGGUCGGGCAGUCGAUAUUGGGAGAGCAACCUUCACAACCACCCUUAAUUUGUUAUCAAACACUAUUUUCUCUGUUAAUUUGGCUCACUAUAAUUCCAAUUUCUCACAAGAGUUCAAGGAUCUUAUAUGGAGUAUAAUGGAAGAAGCUGGAAAGCCUAACCUUGCAGACUUCUUUCCGGUUCUUAGAUUGGUUGAUCCACAAGGAAUACUGAAAAGGAUGACGGUUUGUUUUAAUAAACUUGUCGAGGUUUUUGAUGGUUUCAUCGAACAAAGGUUGCCAUUAAAAGCUUCUUCGGCCAACAACGAUGUACUAGAUGGCCUCCUCAAUCUCGACAAACAACAUGACCAUAGGUUGAGCAGCAACGAUGUCAGACAUUUGCUUGUGGACCUAUUCUCUGCGGGAACUGACACUACUUCGAGCACGGUAGAGUGGGCAAUGGCAGAAUUGUUAAACAACCCUAAAUCAAUGGCAAAAGCUCGAAGUGAGCUCGGCAAAGUCGUAGGCAAAGAAAAGAUGGUUGAAGAGUCAGACAUCUCAAAACUCCCUUAUUUACAAGCAGUAGUAAAAGAAACCUUCAGGUUGCACCCACCAGUCCCAUUUCUGGUUCCUAGAAAGACCGAAAUGAAGUCAGAAAUAUUAGGCUAUGCAGUGCCAAAAAAUGCUCAUGUACUUGUCAAUGUAUGGGCUAUUGGCAGAGACUCCACGAUAUGGUCCAACCCUAAUUCAUUUGUGCCUGAAAGGUUUUUGGAGUGCGAGAUUGAUGUCAAGGGUCAAGACUUCCAGCUCAUUCCAUUUGGUGCUGGAAGAAGAAUCUGUCCUGGAUUGCUAUUAGGCCAUAGGAUGGUUCACUUGAUGUUGGCUUCUCUUCUUCACUCCUUUGAUUGGAAGCUUGAAGAUGGUCUGAAACCAGAAGAUAUGGACAUGACUGAGAAGUUUGGAUUUACAUUGAGGAAAGCCCAACCUCUCCAGGCUAUUCCCAUCAAGCCAUAGCAUUUGUCUUUAUUUAAGGACCAACUUGGAUAAGUAUAUAUUUUUAAAAAUAUCAUAUUGAUUAUUAGAUUAUGAGAAAAAGCAUAUGUAUUUACUAAGUUCCUGAAAUAAUGCAGUGAUUAAUAAAGAAAAUAAUAUUUGCUUCA